AUGGAACAGCUCGGGCUGGGGCAGUAUGCCGACUGGGAGCUCAAUCUAGAUAUUGAUAUGCCUGAAGGGGCCUUGCUAAUGAAGGGCGCCGAUCCCGUGUUGGCCGAUAUCCUCGAGUCGGACCGCGUACUUUUCGCCGGAAUUGACGACCUCGACUUGCCACUUGAUGAGGACGAUUUUUGCAAUGGGCUAAUUAAAGAAAUUGAUGGCAUGGAGCAAGAGCACCAAGACGAUGAGCACAGCUACGCAGCGUCAGCUUUCUCCCCCGGUGGAUCGGAUCGUGGCAGCUCACUCGGAAGUGCCUGCGCGUCAUCCCCAUCAUCAGAUUCCUCUGCCUCCUACAAUGUCGACUACCUUCAGAUGAGCGCCAAUGAGGCAUUACAAUAUGAGGACGCCUCCGCCCUAGACAACUACUACGAGCCACAACCCCGUAAAACGAUACCAGCAAGCAACACAACCCGGCCAAUCCUUCAACAACACAAAACCGGCCAGCCAGGAGUCAUGCGAUACAGACCAAUCGGCCGACCCGGUGCAGCCAGCAGUCUCGUAACCCCUGCCACUUCAUCGGGCGCUGGAACGACAAAACUUACCCCAGCAGUCGGCGAGAGAACGCGGAAGUACCCGCCGCUCGUGCUCACCGAGGAGGAGAAGCGCCUAUGCAAGAAGGAGGGCAUCACACUCCCCGAACACUAUCCACUCACCAAGGCCGAAGAGCGCGACCUCAAGAAGAUCCGCCGAAAAAUCCGGAACAAGCGCAGUGCCCAGACGAGCCGCAAGCGCAAACAGGACUACAUCGAACAGCUUGAAGACCGCGUCAACGACUGCACCCAGGAGAACAACGACCUGAAACAAGAGGUUGAGCGCCUUCGCCACGAGAAUGUGUACGUGCGCACGCAGCUGCGCAAGCUUCAAGCCGCCUUCGCCGCGUCGACGAAGCGCUCGACGCAAGCCGGCACAUGCCUCGCCGUUCUUGUCCUCUCCCUCUGCCUGCUGGUGGCCCCAAACCUGAACCCCUUCCUGAAGCAGCUGCAGAACAACUCGGAAAGCGAAGAGGCGGCUAAGGCAGCCGGAGUGCUGCCCGCCAAGGCCCAUGCUGGCCAAGACGCCGUUGCUGCUCGCGCCGGAUUCCCACCACGAGCACCACUCACUGGUUCGUUUUGUAUUUUA